AUGGAAGCUGAACCUCCUCGUAAUAACUGCGGAGAGUUGUUGCUGACCCAACAGUUUCUUAAUGCCUGUGAAUUCAACUAUGGUGUUCUGUGUAGCAGCAAAGAAUUAAACGAGAAACCAUUUGUCUCUAAAUACAUGAAUAUUGUAGAUCCUUUGCUUGCUAAUAACAACCUGGGAGGAAGCAUUCAUAAAGGUACGUAA